CGAGUGGAUCUAUUGUAAUGGCGUCAGUUAGUUUUCGGUGAAAUACGAGUAGUCAUGAAGGUAUACAUCAGUUUCCUCAUCCUCGCUGCCGCAGCUAGCUACAUCCAAGCUGGUAGCAUUGGUUGGAAUAAUGGAGGUUGGUCUUCGGGUAUCGGUUACGGCUUAGGAAGUGGCUACGGACGCGGUUACGGAAGCGGCUACGGAAGCGGCUACGGAGGUGGUUACGGAAGCGCCUACGGAGGUGGUUAUGGAGGUGGAUAUGGAAGUGGCUAUGGACAUGGAUACGGAAAUGGGUGGAACUCUAAUGGUUGGAACGGAGGGUAUGGAAAUGGUUGGAAUUCUGGAUAUGGAAACAAUGGAUGGCACCGAGGAUCUGGAUGGGGUUCAAAUUCAUGGUAGAAGAAACAUAAAUACUCGUAUUAUCUAUUAGUGAAUCAAAUUUGCCUUGAAGUAUAAAUUCCACUUUUGCAUCUGUUCAAAAAUAAAUCAGUAAUAAAUUUUUUGUAAUCCA